UCUUCGCGAGAGCCGCCUACCUUUCUCUGGCGACUGGAGGAAAUGAUUGCCAGUCUGGGCAUCCCGCGUAUGAUUGGGUAUGACUGUGAGGGGGCGGAACCCGGGACUGAAUAAUAAGCGCUGAAUGUCAUUUCUGCUCCUUCAAAUAGCAAAGACGCCCCCAGACCCUCAUAUCCCUCUCAGUCCUAGGGCUCCUCCUAAGCUCCGUAACAGGCCACUCAGUCGGGACCGACCCUUCAGGCAUACUGGACACACGUCAGCCUGUAGGCCCUCAUAGUGUGACCUCUGAACCCUUCUAUUGAUUUUGGGGCCAGCCCCUCGUGUGGGCUGAGGGGGCGGCCAUGGAGCUGGGCAGCUGCUUCAAGACCUACGAGGAUUUCAAGGAGUGCUUCAGCGCCUACAAAAAGGAGAACAGGUGCUCCUUCAUUCUCAGGGACUGCGUUUCCGUCCGCUUCCACAACCUCAACCAUGGGACUUCCAUCCGCGAGGACAUCCUAUACAUGCAGGUGAAAUUUGUCUGUAUUCGGACUCAGUCAAACAGGAAGAGAACCUCAAAGGCGGACAUGUGCCCAGCGUACUUGCUCCUGCGAUAUAAUGAGAAACUGGAUAGACUGUUCAUCAGUGAACUCAACACCCAGCAUAUCCAUGUUGACUCCAAACCUGCAGGUCCUAGAGGAGACACCGCUGACAAAUCUCAAAAGACAGUGUGCCUGCAGAAACCCCAGCCUGAGAAGUCUGCUAUCAAGAAAGACCUUGACUUGGCCGAGAAGUCCCCCAUUGAACCAUCAUUUUGCUUAGAUAAGGCCCAAGUACCCUCAAAGCCAGAGCAGGAGGGCAUCACUCCUUCUGACCUGGCCCAGAUAGCAAAAGUGAUGAAGAACUUUCUUAAGGUGGACGAGGGUUCCAUGGCCUCUCUCAGCGUGGGCAACAGCCAAGACCUGGACCGGCUCAGCUUCCAGAGCAGCAAGAUGAGCGAUCUGUUCAUCCGCUUCCCAGAGAAUCUCUUGCUACACCGGGUGGAGAAUGCCCAGGGCCACAUCCUUUAUGCUUUCUUGGUGGAGAACAAGGAACGAGAGGGUCGCGUGGUACACUUUGCUGUGCUUCAGGCUGAGACCGCUACCUCCGUGGCCAAGAUGCUGAGUAUCUUCACAGAGUUCAACUCCGAUUGGCCCAAGGUCAAGGUGGUGUUUGUGGACCCGUCCUUCCCUCACCGAGCCAUCCUGCAGGAGAUCUUCCCUGCUGCGCGUAUCCUCCUCUCCAUCUACCACACCACCCGGCUCCUGGAGAAGAAGUUGCAUCGGAGUUCAGCAAAUCCAUCCUUUAAAAGGCUCAUGAAGGAAGCCCUGCGGGAGGCCGUGUUUGUCACCUCUGACGCCAGCCUCCAAAAUCUCCGUCAGAUGUCCCAAGCCGUACUAGAUGAGCAGCUCUUCGGCUUCCUGCAGGCCCACUGGUUCUCCUGUGAACUGCUCUGGUACAUGCACGUGAGGAAAGGCCUGCACGCAUGUAACACGUAUAUGGACAGCCUAGACGUGGUCACCAGCAAGGUGUCCAGCCUCUUCCGGGAACAGCAGUCUCUGCCGGACUGCAUCCUCCGCUUUGUGGAUUAUAUAGACUUCUUUAAUACCAAAGGCUUGAAGAACGUGCCCACAGCUCCUCCCAAGUUAAAGAGAGCCCGGCCAGCCAGUGUGCCACCAAAGCCCAAGAAGGCAUUCGGAGCCUGUUGGGGGAGCCUCCCCAGGCUUGCUGUGGAAGAGCCCAAGUCAGGCGCACAGCGGGUGGAGCUGGAGCAGCAGCCACAGGUGCGGCCCUCCCAGGGCGGCAUGCUAGAUGCCUUGCACGGCAGUGGCUCCCAACUGGCCUAUAAGCUGUGCCAGAACGAGUGGGAGGUGGUACAGAACUCCACUCACCUGGUGGACCUGGCUGGCUCCUCGGUGGACAUUCAGCUACUAGAGGAUUCUCACCAGGUGAGCAAAGACGGCCGUAGCUGCAGCUGUUCCUUUCAACGCUGGUACCACCUGCCAUGCCGGCACAUUUUGGCCCUGCUGCACACCAGCCAGAAGCCCGUGGGAGAAGCCAUGGUGUGCCGCCGGUGGCAGAAGAGGUACCAGCACCUCCUUGGGCCCAGUGGGGAGCUCCGGGACCCUGUCAUGGUCCUAAACACAGGCCAGCCUGGGAAAGAAGGACGGAGUGACAUGAUUCAGGACCUAAGUAGGGAGCUAGCAAACCUGCUCAUGCAGACCGAGGGGCCAGAGCUGGAGGAGCGCUGUUCCACCCUGCGCAAGAUCGUGGACAUCUGGGCGGACCCCUGCCAGCCGCCUGAGCCCAGUCAGCAGCCAGAGGACUUCAAGGAUGUGGGCCGCCUCCCUUUCCUCUGGGGAAGGCCAGAGGAAGGGGAGGGCCUCCCUCUCACUGGAGCCAUGAUUCACAACUGAAGCACUGGACCACAGACCCCUCUCCUUGGAAGUCUGGGAACUCAAGGCAGGCAGGACAUGCCAGGGGUCAGCAUUUUCACCAGUGUCUUCCUAGGUAGGGCUAGGAAGAUUGUUACAAGAGGGGGAAGAGGAACCCCACUGUGUGACAGUCCUUUGAAUCCACCCCUUUUCUGCCCUACCUUUGUCAUUCCUCCAGAGCCUCCUAAUGUGUCAAGGCCAAAGUUAUCUUCGUGCUGAAAGGUCACCCCUCUUUCUGCCCUGACUCCUGAGAUCAGAUAUUACUACCAUUAGAGAGAUGAACUCCUGCCCAGGAUUGGGUGAGACAAAAUACACCUGGUAAAAGGACCUAUUUUCAGGGACAAAGGGACAGGGUGAUCCUUGACUGUUGCUGCUCUUUACAAAGAUUCUGUUAUUUGUACUUAUUUUUAUUCAUGUUAAAUAAAAGUUGUGGGGUUUUGUU